AUGUCACAGAACUCACAGCCAUCGAAUAAAAAAUGGGGAGUGGGAUCCUUUUUCCAACAAGCAGUGGCGGGUGUUGAGUCUCGGCUUGACCACAUCUUGAUGGAAGAGGAGGCGUCGCAGAAUAAUUCAACAGCUAAGCCUUCUGAUGCGCAGAGUGCGGAAGCGCCUAUCAGCAAGAUACCUGCUGCUCCUGUUUCCCGCAGUGCAUCAACUGCGCGCAGGAAUGACCGGCUUCAGGAGCGUCUAGCCCGCGCCAUGGUGAAAUCAAACGCUUCCAACCUUGCCUCGCAGUCUCCCCAAAGCCGAGUUUCAUCGCCGCCUGCUAGUCCGGUACCUAGUAACGGGGCCCGUUCAAGUAUGGAUAUCGAUUCUAGCAUUGCAUCGAAUGUGAACGUAGGGGAUGACUCUAAGAUUACCCCGCCCAAUGAGCAGAACACUAUCAGUGGACUGGAUUCCCCGAGAAUGAGCUACGACUCAGGGGUCUCGUCACACGUUUCUGCGGAUGUCAGCGUACCGGACUCUGCACCCAGAGACUCUGUAGAUGUGGUCCAGCCAGUAGUGGAUUCGGAAAAGACCAGCCAAGACCUACAUGAGUCCCAACGCAAUGAGACACUCAGUGUUGGCGGUUUGAGUGACAGUCCUCGCGUUAGCCUUGACGUGCCCGCAGAGACACCAGAUGAAGCCCAGAAUCCGGAUGUUGCUCGCCUGCAGGCUGAUCAUAAAGCUGCCGAGUCUCAAUGGCAAGAAGAAAUCCACGGCUAUAUUGAAAGGAUCGACGCAUUACAGUCAAAGCUUAAAUAUCUGGCCAAAGAUGCUGCAGAAUCUGCUAAGAUUGCUGCAGCAAGCGCUACCCCUGGCAGUACCCAAAAGCAAUUGUUGGAAAAGGACGAGAAGAUUGCAUUGCUUCUUGAAGAAGGGCAAAAACUUUCCAAGUCGGAGAUGGAUCAUCGGACUGUGAUCAAAAAGCUCCGUCAGCAACUCACCGACAACAACAAGUCUCAAGCAGAAAUGAAGAAGAAGACAGAGAAGCUCGAGCGUGACCUAGUCAACUCUGAAGUCAGAGCUAAGCGGGCAGAGGCUGCAGAAAAAAAGGCAACUGAAUCUUUGUCCUCUCAAUCAAAAUCAGCAAAGGACCUGGAAGCUCUCACGAAUGAGCGCAAUGCGCUUGUUCAGACUGUUCAAGAUAUCAAGUCACAACUAAACCGAGCCAACUCUCGCGCUGAAGCUGCUGAAACAAAAGCUAACUCUGACGCCUUGGAGCAAGAGAAGCAUAGAGUUACCGAACUGGAAGAGGAAUUAUCUAGUUUGAGUAUAGAGCGCGAUAUUGGCGAGGAAAAGUCCAAGAGAGAGAUUGCCGAACUCAAAGAGAAGAUGGAGCAGGAAAAAGAAAGAGCUCGCAUGCUCGAAGCAGAGUUGAAGGGCGAGCAAUCUGUUUUGGAGAGCAAGAUGGAAAGUCUUCGUUCUCGCGCAGAAGAGGCUUCAUCGGGUGCAACUGGGGAAACCCAGGCCAAACUUCUGCGCCAGAUUGAGACUCUGCAAACCCAAUACGCGGUCGCUAGUGAAAAUUGGCAUACCCUCGAGGGCUCUCUGCUUUCCCGGUUGGCAAACGUAGAGAAGGAGCGUGAUGAUACUGCCAGACGUGAGAGCGACCUGCGGAAGAAGAUUCGGGAAAUGAACCAAAAACUCAAGAAGUUCGAAGAAGAGUUGGAUAGUGCUAAAGAAGUCGAGCAUGACCUGGAGAGCAAACUCGAUGAGCGCAUGCAAGAGCUGCAGAAAAUGCAACAGAAGCUCGAGAAAUCGGCAGAUGAGCUCACGUCAGCGCAAAAGGAUUUGGUCGAACAAAAGAAGACAUCAGAAGCCACCUUGACGCAGAAGCUUGACGACGAGCGAGCUAAGUGGAGGGACCAAAUUCACUCGCCCUCACACCCCCGCGGAAUAUCCCCAGUUCCUUCUACACGGCGUUCAAGCACCCUCGACGCCAUGAACACGGUUCUUCCCGACCUCCGACCUCCAAGUCGACGUUCGUCCAAUUUCCCCUUCGCGUCCCCGGAGAUUGGCACACCACCCCGUCAGAACUCCUAUCCCGCCUCUAUAACCCAGACGACUCUCUCGCCGCCGCACAUCAAUACCGGUUUGUCAAUCUUGGAAGCACCUUCUAUUAACUUCGAGCCGGAUGAGUACUUUGCAGAGUCUGGUACUCCUGCCACUCCGUCAGCAUAUGGUGGGACUCAGAUACCGCCGCGUGGAAUCAACGACAUCAUCUCCGAGUCCACGACUGGUGCCGGUCCCUCCGUUCAGCUGGUUGAGCGCAUGAGUGCCACCGUGCGCCGGCUGGAGAGUGAGCGUGCUGGCUCCAAAGAUGAGUUGGCGCGCGUCACCACUCAGCGCGACGAAGCACGCCAACAAGUCGUGGAUCUUAUGCGUGAGCUUGAAGAAAAACAGAUUUCCACUUCUCGCGUGGAAGAACUCGAAGCUCAACUUGACGACCUCGACCAACGAUACCAGACAACACUCGAGAUGCUAGGGGAAAAGAGCGAACAGGUCGAAGAGCUGAACGCUGAUAUCGCUGAUCUGAAGAAGAUCUACCGCGAGCUAGUCGACAGCACCAUGAAAUGA